AUGUCAGAUUAUUACAAGAUCUUAAAAGUUUCCAAAAAUGCUUCUACCGACGAAAUAAAGAAAGCAUAUAAGAAAUUGGCUCUAAAGUGGCAUCCUGAUAAAAACCCGGAUAAUAAAGAAGAAGCAACUAAGAAAUUUCGAGAGAUUUCAGAAGCUUACGAGGUUUGUCGGAUGGUAAAAAAAGAAGAACUUAUGAUAAAUAUGGAACUGGAUCCCGAAGAAGUUUUCCGUGAAUUUUUUGGAUCGAGUAUUUUCGACUUUUUUGGCGAAGGUUUUUUAUCUAAUCGAAGCAAAAAUAGACCGGGAUAUAAUCGUAGUAAUAACCCCAGCAGCAGUACUGGUAUGUCGCUUUUUAGUCCCAUGAGUGGUGGUUUCCUUGAUGGAUUUUUUUCAGAGCCAGGAGAAAAUUUCGGGACGGCGUUCAGUUCCAUGGAAAGUUCCUUUAGUUCAUCUGGCAAUUCCCCAAAUGGUUCCUACACGAAAAAAGUGUCAACAUCGACAAAAAUUGUAAAUGGUAAAAAAGUGACAACCACGAAAGUAGUUGAAAAUGGACAAGAGACAGUUAUGAAGUAUGAAAAUGAUGUUCUAAGAUCAAAGACAAUAAAUGGUGUACCACAGAAUAUAAAACAUAUCGAAUAUAAGAAAUAGUUGCGAGCAACGAACUACUUUAAUAAGUUAUUUUGGUUAUCCUGUUAAAACCAAAAUAUUACCAUUAAACAACAUUUGUCCUGUUUGUAAUAAGUAUUUAUAUUAAACGUAAACCUGAGAAUUUGUAUAUAUUUUUAAAUAUUAUAAAAAAAUUUUAAAAAUUUAAUUAUU